GGGGCGGCCCGGACGUAGUUUCUCCCUAGAACCCCAGCACCCGGGUCAUGGCACCCCGGACCCUCCUCCUGCUGCUCUCGGGGGCCCUGGCCCUGACCCAGAUCCGGGCGGGCUCCCACUCCAUGAGGUAUUUUCACACCGCCGUGUCCCGGCCCGGCCUCGGGGAGCCCCGCUUCGUCGCCGUCGGCUACGUGGACGACACGCAGUUCGUGCGGUUCGACAGCGACGCCGCGAACCCGAGGAUGGAGCCGCGGGCGCAGUGGAUGGAGCAGGUGGGGCCUGAGUAUUGGGACCGGAACACACAGAUCUCCAAGGCCAACGCACAGUUUUACAGAAGGAGCCUGCCGACCCUGCGCGGCUACUACAACCAGAGCGACGCCGGGUCUCACACGGUCCAGAGGAUGUCCGGCUGUGAAGUGGGUCCCGAGGGGCGCCUCCUCCGCGGAUACCUUCAGUUUGCCUACGACGGCGCCGAUUAUCUGGCCCUGAACGAGGACCUUCGCUCCUGGACGGCGGCAGACACGGCAGCUCAGAUCUCAAAGGGCAAAUUCGAGAAGGGCGGGACGGCGGAGCAUGCGAGGGCCUACCUGGAGGGCACAUGCCUGCAGUGGCUGGGCAAACACCUGGAGAACGGGAAGGAGACGCUGCAGCGAGUAGACCCCCCAAAGACACACAUGACCCACCACCGCAUCUCUGACCGUGAGGCCACGCUGAGGUGUUGGGCCCUGGGCUUCUACCCGGCGGAGAUCACCCUGACCUGGCAGCGGGAUGGGGAAGACCAGACCCAGGACAUGGAGCUUGUGGAGACCCGGCCUGCAGGAGACGGGACGUUCCAGAAGUGGGCAGCCCUGGUGGUGCCCUCUGGAGAGGAACAGAGAUACACAUGCCGUGUGCAGCAUGAGGGGCUGUCUGAGCCUGUCACCCUGCGAUGGGAACUGUCUUCCCAGGCCAGCACCCCCAUCAUAGGGGUCGUUGCUGGCCUCCUUCUCCUUGGAGCUGUGGUCCUUGGAGUUGUGGUGGCUGGAGCUGUUGUGAUGUGGAGGAAGAAGAACUCAGGUGGGAAAGGAGGGAGCUACACUCAAGCUGCAAGCAGCGACAGUGCCCAGGGCUCUGAUGUGUCUCUCACAGCUUCUAAAGCGUGAGACAGCAGCCAUGUGUGGGACUGAGUGGUACAAGAUUUGUUCAUGCCAAGCUUUGUGAUUCAAGAACCCCGACUUCUCUUUUUGCAACUGGCCUCUGAAUGUGUCUGCGUUCCUAUGAGCAUAAUGUGAGGAUGUGGGGAGACUGCCCACUCCUGCCCCCCAGAUCCCCUUUCUCCACACUGAUCAUGAUUGAUAUUCCCUGUUCCUGCAGAGGUGGGCUGGAAAGUCUCUAUCCCUCACAUAACAUCCUGUCACUGUGAUCUGCAAUAUUUCACUUUUCUGUGGAACAUGAGAAUCUGAGAAUGAAUUUGAUUAUUCAUAUUUUUGCUAUGAGUUGGGGUUGAUGGUUAAUUCAAGGAAAUGAAAAUUCUGAAAAUUGAAGAGAGAAAAUAAAUGCAAACCUGAGAAUGUUCCAGAA